AUGACGUCCCACCGACGAGGACCCAAUGACACCUCCAUCGAAGACUGGUGCGUCACUCUACACAUUCCUCUUGACAGCUACGACCAGGCUCACCGACUGCGUCUGAUGGACCACAUCACCACUGCUUUUCCAGACGUUACGAUCGAGGACUGGUGCGCAGCUCUUCUCAUUCCGUUCAAAGGCUUCCGGAACGAUCUGAGGCCCCAGUACAUUGGCCAAAGAAUUCACGCAGCUGCCAUAUUGCGAGCGGAGCCUCAGUGGCCUGACCAAUUUGACGCAGCUUUCAUCAAGCAGUGGGCUCGCCAGCACCCGGAAGAUUGGGAACGACACUUGCGCGCCUGGCUGCCAACGUCGAAACUCCACGCCUCCCGCGCUGACGCCCCUGUCAGUAUCACAGCCUGGUGUGUAGCGCUCGGCAUACCUUUCGACAUGCAACUCUGCGCCGCUCAACUACACGAAUGCAUCGAAAAGAUCGUUCAUCAGGUCCACCUGCUGCUGCGCAUCCCAAUUUGGGAGCAACCUCUCCGUUUCGCUGCCGUCGUGCACUGGGCUAAGCGACAUCCAGACGUCUGGCCUUCGCUACUCCGUGGCGUUGCGCUCGACCCCGCCCUCGACGCGCGGUGCCGCGCCUAUGACAUUGGCUCCGCCGAUCUACGAAGACAUCGUCGGCAACGUGCGAAUCAGAUCCUCGCAGACUCGGAGCUCUACGCGACCCUGCCGGUUACCGCGGACGACUUGGACAUUUUACGCACUGGCCACUACGACGCUCUACUCGACGAGGUCUACGGCACUAGCGUCGCGCACCCUCGGGCCACAGAUUCCGAAGGUAUUGGCUGCCGCUGGAUACUGGACACCAUGACUAUCCCUGUCUCCACGGACGGUGGCCCUGGCCUACGCCCCGACUACGCGCUGCAGCCUGACUCCGACGGCCGCAUCCCCUGCAUGCCCGCGUGCCUCAGCUGCAGACUCGACCUCUCCCGGAACUCGGCCGCCCCCCUUCGGCGCGCUCUCGCUAACGACAACCUCAUUUUGCGAGAACCUGUCGCAUUCCGGAAGAAUGGUGCGAAGCUCUCCCCCAUGACGUUCGCCAUGUUCGCCCUCGCCCGCAUGCUCUCUCGGACAAUAAUCGCCGAGAAGACAGAGAAGGACGGGAGAGACAUGGAAUAUCCAAGCGUCAGACCGACGCCCAACGUCGAGCCCGACACCGCACCGCCGCCUGCAAACAAGCACCCCCUGCCCCCAGAGACCGCCGACGCCCUCGGCCGCGACUCUGGCGACGUUAACCUCCACUGCGCCGCCGCCGACAUCUCUACGGGCGCCCUGGAAGCUGACCGAGCGGCUUGCGAGUUCGCUGCCGAGCUCGAGCUCCUGUCUUCAAAAUGUGCCACAGAUGCUCCCGCCACCGACGUCACCAUCGACACUGAGUCUCUACAGGCCUUGGCAAAAUACUUGAAAACUGACGAAUACCGCAAGCAGUUGGACAGCGCUUUGAAGGCCGUGGACGCGGCAGAAAGCCGAGAGCCUGCUGCCCGGACACAGCCGAAGCGCGAUCAACUCUGCAACGUUGGCAGCGCGCUGCAAUCGAAGACGUCGAGGUGGCAGCGCGAGGACAAGUUCGACGGCGACCUCGAGGGCGACCGAAACGUGGUCAUCUUUGAGGUGCAGGGCGAGUGGUCAGAGAGCGCCACUACUUGGUCCAGCCGGCCCAGCUAUCAGGAGCAGCGCCAGACCGUCACUGGUGUUCCACUGUCUCAAUGCAGCACCCACGAUGGCUCCGACGAGCAGCCCGACCUCGUCCCCGACGCCCAGUCCGACGAGCAGCCCGACAAGCAGCCCGACAUCCAGUCCGACCACGCCCCCGACGCGGAGGACGAGCUCGCCGAGUGGCAGCGCGGCGCCGCGGACGCUGGGCGUAGCUGGCACUGCAUCGAGGAAGACGACGGGACGCCGCUCAUGCCCAUGGAGGUUCUCAAGGCAGAGGUGCGGGAGGCCGUCGACGAGCGCAAGGCCGCGGAGCGCGCCGCCGCGGAGGCGCAGGCGCGCGAGCGGGCCACGCUGGGGGAGCUGCGGGCCGAGGCGCUGUCGCUCCACGCGCGCCGUUUGGAAGAGGAGGCCGUGGCCCUCGAGGCGUGCGCGGAGCGCUCGUGCCUGGCGGCGGCCCACGAGGAGAAGCAGGCGGAGGCCGAGGAGCGCGUCGGGAGCGAGCUGCAGAGCGAGUCGGAGGCGAUUCGUCGCCGCACCAAGGCGCUGCAGAAGACGGCGCGCGCCUCGCAGCUCGCGGCGCGGAAGGCAAGCGAAGCGGCAACGCGUGCCAAGGACGAGACGAGCCGUAUCAACGAGCAGUUGGCUGCUACGACUGCGGAGUGUCAGGCUCUGACCAAGCAGACGGCAUGGUACGACGUUUUUACGUGGGUUGCGCUCGCACUUUGCGUGAUGCUUUGCGCCAUGUUGUUCCGCAGCCCUUGA